CAGGCCCCGCCCUGUGCGUGCGCGGCCCCGCGGAGGCGUGCAGUUGCCCGCGUAGUCAAAGGCUGAGGUGGCAGCGGCGGUGCAGACAUGGAGCUCCCACAAAUGCCGGAGCUGAUGGGCCUGUCGCUGUUGCUCGGACUGUUGGCCCUGAUGGCGACAGCGGCGGUAGCGCGGGGGUGGCUGCGGUCGGAGGAGGAGACUUGCAGCCGGUCCGCCGGCCAGAAAGCAAAUGGACUUCCACGUGACAAGUCCUUGAGAUCCAAGAAGCAGAAACAGCAUCAGCGGAUUCGCAAGGAGAAGCCUCAACAGCACAACUUUACUCACCGCCUCCUGGCUGCGGCACUGAAGAGCCACAGCGGGAACAUAUCUUGCAUGGACUUUAGCAGCAAUGGCAAGUACCUGGCCACCUGUGCCGAUGACCGCACCGUCCGCAUCUGGAGCACCAAGGACUUCCUGCAGCGGGAGCAUCGCAGCAUGAGAGCCAACGUGGAGCUGGACCAUGCCACCCUGGUGCGCUUCAGCCCCGACUGCAGAGCCUUCGUCGUCUGGCUGGCCAAUGGAGACACGCUUCGUGUCUUCAAGAUGACCAAGAGAGAGGAUGGAGGCUAUACCUUCACGGCCACCCCAGAGGACUUUCCCAAAAAGCACAAGGCACCCGUCAUCAACAUUGGCAUUGCUGACACAGGGAAGUUCAUCAUGACUGCUUCCAGCGACACCACUAUCCUCAUCUGGAACCUGAAAGGUCACGUGCUGUCUACUAUCAACACUAACCAGAUGAACAAUGCCCAUGCUGCCAUAUCCCCUUGUAGUAGGUUUGUGGGCUCGUGUGGCUUCACUCCAGAUGUCAAAGUUUGGGAAGUCUGCUUUGGGAAAAAAGGGGACUUCCAGGAGGUUGUGCGAGCCUUUGAACUGAAGGGCCACUCGGCCGCCGUCCACUUCUUCGCUUUCUCCAAUGACUCCCGCAGGAUGGCCUCAGUCUCCAAGGACGGGACGUGGAAACUGUGGGACACAGAUGUGGAGUACAAGAAGCAGCAGGAUCCCUACUUGCUGAGGACAGGCUGCUUUGAAGAGGCGAGCACCAGGCCGUGCCGCCUGGCGCUCUCCCCUGAUGCCCAGGUCUUGGCCUUGGCCAGUGGCAGCAAUAUUCAUCUCUACAACACCCGGCGGGGUGAAAAGGAGGAGUUCUUUGAGCAGGUCCAUGGGGAGUGUAUCACUGACUUGUCCUUUGACAUCACUGGCCGGCUUCUGGCCUCCUGUGGGGACCGGGCAGUGCGGCUUUUCCACAACACCUCUGGCCAUCGGGCAGUGGUUGAGGAAAUGCAGGGCCUCCUGAAGCGGGCCUUCAACGAGAGCACCCGCCAGAGGCUGCAGCAGCAGCUGACGCAGGCCCAGGAGGCUCUGAGAAGCCUGGGCGCCUUGAAGAAGUGACUCUGGGCGGGAAGGAUCUGGCCCGCCGCUGCUGCCACUCCUCUUUCCUGGUACUCCUCAGCUGGAAGCCUUUUGAAAGGAGUAUUUUGACGUUCUCAGUGGUGGCUCCUCUCCUUUUCUUCAUUGAAACGAUUCUUGCCUACUUUGGUAUCUCUCUCUCUCUCUCUCUCUCUCUCUCUCUCUCUGUCUCUCUCCUUGCCGGUUGUGACUCCUGGCCUUACUUGACCUCCAGGUCUAACGACCAAGGUGCUUCUCUUUCUCCUGGGCCCAAGAGAUGGACUCUGUCUUCACCGGGCACUGAGGGAAAUGGUCAGUUAGAGAGAGAGGACAUGGCCUUUGACCUUGGGGCAAUGCAACCUGGUACCCAAAGGAGUUUGCAGUUGUGGAGGCAAAACCUAGGGGACCCCUGAGUACUAACCAGCAGUUUCGCAGGGGUUGGAGCCUGGGAUACCUUCCAGUUACAGAACUGUGGGAUCAGGGAAGGGCUAGUCUUGAUCCAGAGGAAGCUCUGAACUCCAUCAAAAAGUAAUUAAGGGAUCAUUUGGUGCCUCGGUUUUUUUAUUUGUAAAAUGGAGAAUAAUCCUCUCCCUUGACCUCCUUGUAAAGAUGUUGUUAACGUAUGCACCUGUAAAGUCCCUAGAUUUGGAAGAAAAGUGGACUAGAGUAGUAAUAUACAUUGUCUGUUGGCCAAUCUUGUUUAUUAACAAGAUCGGUGUACUUUGAAACUAAAUGAAAAAAGAAACCCAUCCUUUGGGAAGGCAGAGUUUCUGGAACUUGAUUAUGCAUUUUGAAUCUGGUUCUUCAGUUGUGUAGAGGAAUGCUAGCAUUCCAAGACAGGACUCCUCUCUGCAAGGAGGUUGUAUUCUGUCUGAGGACACCUCCUUUCAGUUCCAAAAUAUCUGAGUGCCUGCUCCGGACCCAGCAUAACACCAGCACUGAGGAUGCAUAUGAAUAGGACAUGAUCUCUGCCAUCAAAGAUGGCUGGUGGGUGAGAGGUGCACGUGGAUAUUUAAGUGCUUUUUGCUAGUUGAUUCAUAGCUGUAGAAGGCUGUUGGAAAAGUCAAGGUAAGAGAAAGGAUUGAAUCAAGGUGGAGGCGGUGGAUCUGAGGUUGAAGGGACGAAGUUGGUGAGAGAUGAGGCAAGUUCCGAGUUUUGGAUUGGAGACAGCUUGGAUGUGGGAGAAAGGAAGAUCUAGGAGCACUUGAGUCUUGGCAAAAUUUAUUCAUCUGAAGUCCCAUUCUUGCCCUCAGUCCCUGCAAUGGGGGCCUCCCCUAGACAUCCCUUUGAACAAGGCACAACCUUGGAGUUAUCCCUCCUUACUUCAUUUUUAUUAAUCCCUCCGGCCCACUGGCACUACUGCCAUCCACUCCAGAGAAUUCUGGUUAUACUCCAGACUAUAUCCUGAGUCUGCUUCUCUCUGUCUUCUCUGCUACCAUCCUGGUCCUAGCCACUGUCCCCUGCUGGACUAGGAUAAUCCAGGAUAAUCCAGCUUUUCUCCUCGCCCUGCUUCCUCUCUUGCCUCGUUUAAAUCAAUUCCCUACAUCUGCUUCCAAGAGUCAUCUUUGAAAAAUGUUAACCGGAUCACAUUAUUCCCAAGCAAAAGCCUUCCAAAGGCUCUCCGGUUGCACUUGGAAUAAAAUCCAAAAUUCUCAUCAUGGCCUUGAAGGUCGUAUAUAAUCUGGCUUCUUUCUUCCUCUGUGAUCCCGUCACCCACUCUCCCAACCACCCCAAACUUGCUUUUAUUUGUUCUUUGACCAAGCCAAGUUAUUUCCUUUCCUGGGCGGAACCCGUGCCCGUCCUGGUCCCUCCGCUUGGAAGCGUUUUUUUCUGUUCUCUUGGCAGAUUUGUCAUAAUGCAGUUCUCUGUUGCAGUUAAACUUCGGAGAGACCCUCCCUGAGCACCCAUUCUGAAGUAGCCCUUUCCACCAAUCCUAUCACUCCUGUCUCAUUGGCUCAUUUUAUUUCUUUGGUAUGACUCCUGCUAUCUGAAAUGAUCUGAAAUGAUCUCAUUUGAUUGUUUGCCUCAGGAGUUUCAGCUUAAAUGCUUUGGGAUGUCAAGUAGGAAAUGCAAAUGCAUGAAUUGGGCCACAGUUGCCUGAGUGUAAGACAGUGGGAAAUGCUGGGAACUGAAGUCCUCUCCAGACGGCACUUGAGGGGGGGGAGGGGGGAGGUGCUACUUCUUAUUCAGGAAUCCCACAGAAGUUGCCUAUUUCAGAGGAGCUAGAAGUUGGCAGCUUAUUAUAAAAAGACAAAAACUAAACACUAUGGACCAAUCAAAACACUAAUGUGGGCCAGUUGCAACCCACCAGUCUCUCAUUGGCAGCUUCUGGAUUGUUCCUUAGCCCGUGGGAAUGUGAGCUCCACAAGGGCAGAAUCUUCAUCUGUCUUACUUGCUCAGUGUCCCAAGCACAAUCUUGGGAACAGAGUAAGCACUCAGUAAAUAUUGAAGUCAAAUCGGGGGGCAGUUACCAGAUAUUUCUGUACCUUCUGUGUGCACUCUUCUGCUCUCAAUUUCCAUUGUGGUUUUUUUAUGCUCCUGAUAACAGAAUUCUGAUUGAUAACGCUGUGCACAUGGGUGUUGGUGAAUAUUUGCUUUCAGACGAUCAGAAGAAUGAGGCUAGAACCCUUUGCAUACCUGUUUGGCUCCGGCUUUACUCUCACUGUGUAUCCAGGAGAGAAGUGACCCGAGUAUGUUGAAUUACUGAAGUCAGAAGUCUUUGGUUCCAGGUUUGGCCGGGUCACUUACUGACUUGAGACCUUGAGCAGGCAGAUCACUUGGCCUCCCUGAGUUUGUUUCCUCAUCUGUAAAAUGGAAAUAAAUCUUGUCCGGAGGGUCUCACAGGGCUGAGUUUCUAAUGAGAUCAGUGAAGCCCUACAAACAAGUCAACACAGACUUCCUGAGGACACUGCUCCUCUCACUAAAGAUGAGGCUGCUUCUCUUAUAAACACGGAGAAGGGGUCUGGAUAUUAACAUAGAGCAGAGGUCACCAUGUUUCUUUGAACAAAAGUGUGUGUGUGAAGGCGGCAUUAAUAUUUUAGUAUCAUUAUUUCGCAUUAAUAUUUUAGUAUCACUAUUUCAACUUCUGUGGGUUUGCAAUUUUUCAAAAUAAAAACAGGGAAAUAUUUAAAAUGUGA